CCAUCUGCAGCAGCCACAGUGUGAGAUAAUCUGCACAUUCUCAGGUGACAACCAUGUCCAGCCUAAGGGAUAGACUGCCAUACACCUAUCUGCUGCUUUAUUGUUUCGCAUUUGUCUGCAUCUACGGAAUAAGAGAUCAAGACUGGCUUCCUUCAUGUGAAGUUGCACUGAUGGUAAAAAGUGGUACGACAUGGAAAGUCACCCCACGACAAAGUCUGACUGUCAAAUGCCCCGUAAAACACUGUGGAGAAUCAUUAAACGUCACCUGGUGUAAAAUGCUUGACAAAUGUGAACAGAUUAAUUAUACAGAGAAUGUAGAAACCAGACAGACUGACGGACGUGUGAAGGAUGAACUGAUUUCAUUUUUGACUUUCAACCAGAUUUCCAUUUAUGAUAGUGGCCUGUACAGGUGUUAUUUAAAAGGAUACAAAUAUGAGCAUGUGAGCCACAGCAUCAACAUCUCAGUGUCAGACUUAAACCAGGGCGCUCAAAACCCAGACAUUAACGCAGUUUUUGCAGAAGAGUUAUCAAGUGUUGCUGGUGAUGAACCUGUUUCCUGGCUGCCGUACUUCUCCAUCUUUGCUGGCAUAGCUCUUCUGGUUGCCUCGCUGAUAAUAUUAACCCUACUGAGUUUUCAUGGCAAGAAACGAAUAAUGAUCUACAAUCAGACAAAAAGACAGGAAAUGUCCACUCAUAUGAUACCUGACCUGCCCAAGGCGAGUGCUCCCUCCACUCUUUUCCUGCAAACCCACCUCUCUUUUAAGAAUGACAUCUACUCUCCAAGUACUGUAGAAAGACCCCCAACACAACUGGCUCCGACGACCAGUGGAAACCAGCCUGCUGUGGCAAACACAGCAGAUGAAAGUCAAGUGUCAGACCAUGCAGUGUAUGCUGUCAUCGACCACCGGCAGCGUGGGAUAUCUGUCAGAGAACGACAUACUAUAACUGAUCAAAACAGAAAAGCGGAAUAUGCUGCCAUCCUGAGCAUUUCUGAUUUGUCAUAGAUGCAUGCAGAUGAACACACGUAUGGAAAAGUAGAUGGUGGUGUCAUGGAAGACAGAGAUGUUUCACAAUCAACCACACUGCAGAGAAGGUGGAACGGAGGCUUGUGGUCAGACAGAUACACAGUAUGAUUUAUUCCCUCGCUGUCAGCUUUGUUCCAGGCAUGCUUUUAUUAUUAAUCUGCUGUUAUGAUUUUAGCUCUUUUCCCUUCCUUUUCAUUUAUGUACCUUGGAGGACUUUUUUUUUGACUUAUGUAACUUUGUUCCCCAAAGGUUUUGUUAAAUUAAAAAAAAAAUAGAUUUAUAUGCAGACCCACUCUCACUUAUUAUGUUUUUUUUCUGUCUGAUUUGGUAGUUGCAAUUUAACUUUGUUUUGCAGUAAAAUCCUUGACUGAUCUGUGACUUUGGAAACAUUUUGUUCGAAAGACUUCGAAUGUGCUCUCCUUAGUAUUUAUGUUUUCUUAAUUUUCAUUCUUCUGGCCAGCUAAUCCUAAAACUUUUUUUGUGAAAUAAAACUACCUGAGAAACUGA